UCUCUCUGGCCUCAGCAGCACAGAGGCACCUGCACGCCUGCGCUAACCUCUCACAUUCCCCCCCGCCCAUUUCCCUCCAUCAUCUGUCCCUUAGCUCCCACGUCCAUUACAGGGCAGGACAGCUAGCAUUUGCAUUUAGACUAAAAGAGAGAGAGAGAGAAACGGGGGGAGGCGGGGGAAGUAUAUGACACAAAGGAGGGAGAGAGAGAGAAAUAGAUCAGAGCUUUAGAGAGAGAGAGGGAGAGAGAGAGGGGGAGGCUGCAGAGCAGAUAUCGAUGGCAUUAACAAUGGAGCAUUAGGAUCCGGUGAGGUUAUAGUCAGCCAAACAACGGCUGAGGGUAAAGAUAUUUGAGGAGGGGGGCUCCUCCUCGGUGAGCUCAGGGGGGAGGAGGAGGAGGAGGAGGAGGAGGAGGAUGGGCCUCGAACACAGACUUGCAAUGGCACUGCAAAAAUUGGAUUAAAGCAGUAUGCUGGACAAGAGCGAGGUGGCAACUCUAGGUCUUCCCUCCACCACCAGCCAUGGAGGUUCUGACAGCAACAUCAGUGCGGACGGAGCGGCAGCAGCUUCUGGGGUCACGUCCGGGGGUGCUGAAUGUUCGGGGUCUGGUGAGCCGCAGCGGACGCGUGUUGCCUUGGAGCACCUGCAGCAGAAGAUUCUGAAGGUCACCGAGCAGAUUCGCGUGGAGCAGGAGGCCCGCGACGACAACGUUGCAGAGUACCUCAAGUUGGCCCACAACGCAGACAAACAGCAGGCGUCCAGGAUCAAGCAGGUGUUUGAGAAGAAGAACCAAAAGUCAGCACAGACCAUCGCACACUUGCACAAGAAACUAGAGCACUAUCACAAGAAGCUAAAGGAGAUAGAACAGAAUGGACCGGCCCGGCAGCCUAAGGAUGUCCUGCGGGACAUGCAGCAAGGACUAAAGGACGUUGGGGCAAAUGUUCGUGCUGGGAUAAGUGGUUUCGGAGGUGGAGUAGUCGAAGGGGUCAAAGGCGGAGUAACUGCCCUCACUCAUACAGCCGUGGUCUCCAAGCCGAGAGAGUUUGCCAGUCUUAUCAGGAACAAGUUUGGCAGCGCAGAUAACAUUGCUCACCUAAAGGACACACUCGAGGACGGAGUCGGGGGCCACUCUGAGGACACCCCCACUCCUCGUGCCCUGAGUGGAAGUGCCACUCUGGUCUCCAGCCCAAAGUACGGCAGCGACGACGAGUGCUCCAGCGCCACGUCCGGCUCAGGAGCAGGCAGUAAUUCUGGUGGGGCAGGUGGAGGAGGGGGGCUGUUAGGUCCGACGAUGGGGAGUCCCAGACUGGACGGGCACCACCACCACCACCAUCACAUGCACAGUUCUUGGGACUCUCUGCUUGAGGGCCUGCAGGAGAUCAAGGCCAGCCAGGCACACAUGGAGGACGCCAUCGAGGACAUGAAGGGCCAGCUGCAGAGUGACUACUCCUACAUGACACAGUGCCUGCAAGAAGAGAGAUACAGGUAUGAGCGACUUGAAGAACAGCUGAAUGACUUAACAGAGCUGCACCAGAAUGAGAUGACUAACCUUAAACAGGAACUCGCCAGCAUGGAAGAAAAAGUCGCAUACCAGUCCUAUGAGCGAGCAAGGGACAUUCAGGAGGCUGUGGAGUCGUGCCUGACCCGCAUCACCAAGCUGGAGCUGCAGCAGCAACAGCAGCAGGUCGUCCAGUUGGAGGGAGUGGAGAACGCUAAUGCUCGAGCUCUGCUGGGCAAACUCAUCAACGUCAUCCUGGCGCUCAUGGCCGUGCUGCUGGUCUUCGUCUCCACCUUGGCCAACUUCAUCACCCCGCUGAUGAAGACCAGAGCCCGGGUAGCCGCCACCGUCCUGCUGACCUUGCUGCUCUUCGUCCUGUGGAAGCACUGGGACUUCCUGGAGCCGUGGCUGCUGCCCAGCUGAGCUCACUGCAUGAGAGAGACUCCAGGGGGGGACCAGAGCAGAGAACCACAAGCUGGUUUCUCAGUCACCACCACUUACGGACACAGAGACUGAACCAGAAUGAGAUCCACUUGUUCCCUUUGAGUGUAAAGAUGGAGCAUCUGAGGACAAAACAAGGCUCUUUUAGUUGAGGAGUGGACAAGAUCCAGCUGGCAGAGUGUGUUUAGAGGUGUUUACAGUGAGAAGGAAGAAGGAAUAGUCUGCUUGCCAAGCAACAAAAGACAUCAUCUCAUCUCCCCUAAAUCUAUUGGUGUGGAUGACCAAUCAUCAGUUGCAUUGCUGUCACCAAAAACUGAGUUUUGCUGCAAGAAAUCUUUGGAUCGUCUUUUUCUAAUUAUGUAUGAUCCAUGAAUUACAAAGACUAGAGCAACUUAAAAUGACUUUAAAAUGCUGAUCAUGUUCGCUGUAACCUUCAUGUUGAAGCUACAGUAUAUUUGAGAGGAAAAGGUUUUUUUUUCAAGAAUGUAAUGUCCUCAUGCAUGUCCUCAUAUGUGCACUAAGAUGCAUCUAGCUGGCAUGAGUUAACGUUUCAUUAAUGACAAACUGAAUCUUCUAUAACUGCCAUUUUGUUUGUCAGAAAUACAGUGCAGAUAAGUUGUAUCUCAACUGUGUCAUUCCUGCUUUGUUUCACAUCCUGUUCUGGUGUUGAAGCAGUGCAUUUAGACACAUUUCUUUCUUUCUGUCGAAUUAACUGAAAAAUUCACCACAAUAAUUCAACAAUGUGAAAUCUGUUCUGUCCAUAAAUACUAUUUCAUCACCACUAUUGUAGAACUACUAUCCACAGUGUCAAAUCAACUGGCAUGUCAAAAUGUAUCAAAGUUUAUAUCCAGUUUGCAAAAAAUAAUAAUUGCUGUUUUGUUAAACAAUGUAAAAAAUAAAUGAUUUCAUAUAUUAGGCUGACCUCGAAGAUAUCCUCAUCAUCCUUUUUGCUGAGACUGAAUUUUUUCAUUGAAAUGUUCUUAGACUGGGUACGAGAUCACUUAAGAUGUAGAAACACUUGUACCACUUUCUAAUAAGGCAUAUUUAAAAAAAGUUGGGUUGUUGUUGUAACUAAUGGUUUUAUUAUUAAUAGUUAAUAAAAUAUUUUCUAAAGAGAUAUAAAUCUGUUUUAAGCAUAAAAGUGAAAAAUCCCUUCGACUGAUUGGACCGUAGUGCCACUGACCUUUUGCAGAGGAUCUAGAACAAAAUCUUUUUAAUAAACAACUUAUUAAGUAUUCAUUAUAGGACCCAACAUCCAUAACGUCAUUAUUACUAAAUAGAAAGAAUCCCAUCAGUUACCAUUAAUGUUACUGCUCCUCUAUAAAGCAUUAGUAAAUUAUGUAUUUGCCCCUAAUAAAGCCAUUGGAUAUAACGUUAAAUAAAAAAAUUAUUUAAGCAUUUAUAAAAAAGUGUCAAUUUAGACAGUGGUACUGAAUUAAUAAUAAUAGUUGCUGAAAGCUGAUAUUCAUUUUCACAAUAACAUUACAUAAAUAACUGAUAAUGAAUAUAAUAACAAAUAUGUUAUAAGUAAUUACAUCAACAUGAAACUGCAUGACACAGCCGACUUUACAGUGUGACUUUGAAAUAGAAACAAGAAAUGCUUUAUGUAAGUACAUAUCUCACUGCAUAUUACAUAAAGUACAUUUGGAAUGACAAGUUAUAUUAUUGUGUUUCAAAUCUCUUCAUGAACACUGCCUUUAACUGGCAUCACCUUUUUAAUCUUUACAGGACUUGUGUCUGAGGACUCAAUGCUUUUCUGCUAAUACAGUUUAAAUGUUGUCAUUUUAAAGUGAAACUAUGUAACUUUUGCUGAACAGCCAUCUCUCCAGCUACAAAUGAAAAUAUGGUAAAAUGCUAAAUGCUACUUUUCGGAUUGGGAAAAAUGCUAAGCUAUUGUAACAGUAGCCGAGUAGAGAGCAGGCAUACAGUCAGUAAAUUGAUGUUAUACAGCAAUAUUUAUGUUUGCUAACAUUAGCUAACGUUAGCCUCCACAAACCACUGGUCGUACCAGACCAAGUAAGACUGUACAGCAAAACUCCUGCAUGUACUGAACAGAGCAACGGUGCAUUUUAUUGCUUAUGAGGAAAAAUGUAUUGUUUCUUCUCUCAAAAGUUACAUAAUAUCAACAACAGUCUCUUAGUUCACCAAUCAAAGUCAUUAAUAAAAUCUCACAAACAAUACAUUGUGGUUUAUGUUACACUUUCAAGAUGUUGCUUUAUAUGAUUUCAUACACUAUAUACAUUCAGGACUUUAUGUUUUUAAUAUAAGACUUCGUCAUUAUUUCAUUUAUUAGAUGGGGGAAAAAGCGGGGGAAAGGGAUAGGGGGGACAGGUUCACUGCUAACAAGAGAAAUAAUGUACAUUUAAAAGAUUUACAUUUAAUGCCCUUUUGUCAGCAGCAUCAUUCUCUGGAGCAGAUGUUACAUCUAGGUUUAAAAUCUUUAAAGAAGCAUUAAAGAAGCAGAAGUAAUAGGUUUUACAUCAACUGUG